UAUUUCGAUGAUUUAUCAUUUUAAUCAAUGAUUCGGUUCACUGAGAAUGAAGAUGUACACGCGUGGUAUUCAAGGUGUCCAGAUUUGGAAUAGUUGUUCCACGAAUGGAAAAUCCGGUUGAAUACAUUUCUUCCUACAUAUCCGCAAUUCCAUCGCGGUGAUUAACGAGCUAUCGAUUAAACCCCGGGAAACACGGACGUCGAUUACUCGCUUUAAGGAAUCCGAGUGUUGUUCAACAAGGAUCCGAGUUUCUUCUCUGACUUCCAUAAAUGAACGAGUGUUGUUCGUUGCCUCGGCUUGAAUUCUUUUUCUCUGUUCACCAGCGAGGAAAGAAUAUUAUGCAAGUUUUAAUUGAAACGCUUCACGCGGUUCGAAUUUUCCGGGAAAACUCGGUGAAAAUCUUUCAUCUUUUCUCAAUGAAAGCGAGAUUCUUCAUCGUAGACGAACGUAUAAAUGAAAUCAUUCAACAACUGCGGUUAAAAAUCGCAGAAAUUGAACUCAAUUUCUUUCUCUAGCUGGAUCGCGUUCUCCACGAACAAAUUAACAACGACCGUAGAUGACCGCUCGCGUUCCACUUUACAAGGAGCAAGAGAAAGGGAAAGGGAGAGAGGACGGGUUUGCUUCUGAAAACGAAAUUCGGCUGGUCAGUUGUUCACGAGAAAGCGCAACGGUGUUCACGAGUUACGUGUGCGCCCGGUUCAGGUUCGAACGAACGUGAUGCAACCGUCACGAAGCUUCAUAUCCUUUCUUUCGUUUACUUUCUUACUCUUUCUUCCAGAACAAUCUGUCUUCAACUUCUAACUCAUUUUCCUCGCGUCCAUCAAAUCGGGAAUAAAAUGCUCUUCGUUAGAGUGGAAACUUUUUCAACGUACAAAAGUUUUUCGAUGCACCAAUUCAGAGUCAGUUUUAGCUCUCCAUAACGUUUCUCGAGACGCACCAGUUUUUCCUUUCGAUUUUCCGCAGUUGGUUUCACUUUCCGUAAGAUUCUUACGAAAUGAUCCGUGCGUGCCGUUUCGUUUCCUCUGUGUCUCCAAGUGUCACGUUGCACCGCGAACGGUGCGAUAUCACUGGUGCGAGGGGUUUAAUUAAAGUUACUCUAAAUGACUGUUACCUCAGCGGUAAAUAUAAUUCUGGACCGGACACGUGAACCGAUCACGCUAUCAGCAUAUUACGACAAGAUUAUACAAGUUUUUACGUAAUUAUAAUGAGAUAGAUCGAUCGAGACCGAGAACGCGAUUAGAUGAUUUUCGUGCAUCACCCUCGGACGUUAUUCAACAUCACGCUUUUCUGUUCGAGAUCCUUUCAAAGGAAACUCGUUAAAUUACAUCACUAUUGUGUUAAGAAGGGAACUAGUUACUUGGAAAUUUCUCUACUUCCAUCCUGUUAAACAUUGCCUUUUUUUCAUGGGAGUGUUUUAACUAAGGAAUACAGAAUAGUCCUUGUCCCCUAUGAAAUAAGUGAAAUCAAAUUUUUCCAUCGUUUACAAAGAUUUAUAAUUGAAAAGUUGCAGGAAAUAGGAAAGCCGAUUACUUUAAAUAGUAAACGUCAAACUCUAAGCUUUAAGAUGACACGCAUAAGUGCCAGACUUUCUACAUUUCGAAAUCGACCACUCGAUACGAGGGUAUUGUAAUUAAAAGCUAGAAAGAGAUAAUACUUAUCAGUGUAUAAAGAUGAUCGAAGUUAAACAGCUGUAACUUUCAUCUUUUCUCGAAUCGACGAUUAUUCCUUUCGCUUUUUUUUUUUUCUUCAUCUCGGGACUAACUUUCACCCCGCUGACACGAGACUUUUCAGCCUCGUAUCGACUUAUCAUCAUCGUUCGACGCCCACGAGGCUUUCUUAUUAUUCACGAAUCACUUUCUAAUUUAAACGCCCUUUGACCAACGACUAAUCUGAUUUUUCUUUCAUUUCGAUUUGGUGACUUACAAUUAGAGGGAAGUCGAGAAUCGACGACUCUCGGAGGUCUGAGCAACUGAACGUUGCUUUGGAGAUUUUCUGAGGUUCGCUGAGAGAAAUCUAAAUCGCUAGGAGAAUGCGGUCACCGUUUGUUAUCGUUGCGUAACAAUUAAGGUAGACAAUGCGAUCCUUGAAGAGCACACACUACACCAUGACUUUAUCCACCUACUGUCUACGAUUUCUCGUGGUCGUCUUUAUGAUCGCGGCUGCGGCGACAUUUUUGCAUGUUAACAAUUACAGGCCGAAACAAAUAUUCCUCUCCUGCGACAGACCAUGCCAUCAUCUGGAUUGGCCUAUGAUUUGCCGACUGAAACUCACCCUAGAAGUGUUUCAAUCGCUUAGCAAGUCAUGCGGUGACUGCCCGGUGAAUGAGACAGCGUGUCUUCAUAAUCAUUGUGUAACAGCGGAUGGACAGAGACGGGGUAUCCUGACGGCUAAUCGUCAACUGCCUGGUCCAACUAUACAGGUUUGUGAAAACGAUAUCUUAGUGGUGGACGUAAUUAAUCGGCUUCCGGGUAAAGCGGCCGCAAUGCACUGGCGCGGUCAGUCGCAGUUUGAAUCGCCAUUUAUGGACGGUGCGCCCCUGGUCACUCAAUGCCCGAUACCGAGUUACACUACUUUCCAGUACAAGUUUCGCGCGUCCGUGGCUGGAACUCAUCUUUGGCAUGCUCACGCUGGGGCCGACGUUACAAAUGGAAUUUUCGGCGCGUUGAUCGUAAAACAAGCGGACAUAAAAGACCCGCACAGAUCUCUUUACGACAUAGACGACUCGAAUCACGUGGUACUUGUGAGCCAGUGGCAACAUUCCGCGGAUAUCACAUUCACCGAAGGCAACGCGAAACCAGCGAUCCUUCUAAUCAAUGGGAAAGGACGACAACCGAACGGACCAAAUGUACCGUAUUCAACGUUUACGGUCGUUCCAGGUCGUCGUCAUAGAUUUCGUAUCGCGAAUGCCGGAGGAGCUGGAUCUUGUCCAAUAACCAUUUCCGUCGACGCUCAUCCUCUCCAGCUGAUCGCCCUGGAUGGGCAACCAGUGGAACCGCGACUAGUUGCAUCCAUUACUUUGGCCAAAGGUGAAAGAGCAGACUUUAUUUUAAAAGCGAACAAACGCGUCGCUUCUUACUGGAUGAACGUACACACGUCAAAGGAAUGCGGAACGAGUCCUAUACACGGGGCGGCGAUUUUGAAGUACAAGGGUAGCACAACGGAAAAUCCAUUAUCCGUGUCGGAAGCGAUCGAUCAGCCGGAAGUUGAGGAGGCGACGAGUCGAGUGGCGAUGACGACCAAUCCCGCGGAAAAAUGUGAAAAUCCGGAGAAUCUGUGCGUGACAGAGAUACAAGCGUUGCGAAAGAUACCCAGCGUUCUUGCUAAACCGAGAACCGACGUCAUUAUUCGUCUGCCUAUUAAUUACAAGUUCCAGACGAACGAUAUCGUGGGCAAUGGCGGAGCAGAGACGAGGAUCUUGAACGUGAACAAUGAUACUUUCACCUACCCAUCGUCGCCCUUGUUGACCCAAGGCGCUGACGUUUCCGAAGAAAGUCUAUGUUCUCCCGACGACCAGGAUUCUCGUAACGAGAACAACGAGACCGCGUCGUUGUCGUCGCGACGCUGUCGACGCGGCGACGGUAUAGUUCCGGACACGUGCGAAUGCGUCCACGUGAGAUACGUUCCUCUCGGCGCGACUGUCGAGAUCAUUUUAUUCGAUCAAGGCGGUCUCGACGAUUUGGUCUACCAUCUGCACGGAUACAGUUUCUACGUGGUAGGAGCUAGGAAAUUCGGUCGAAGCGUGUCUCUGCACGAGUUGAAGAGCCUGGAUGAAAAAGGGCAACUGUUCAAUCGUAAUCUCGACUGCACGGUGUCCAAAGAUACCGUGGUUGUGCCGAAAUUCGGUGCCGUUGCAAUUCGGUUCAAAGCCAACAAUCCAGGAUACUGGAUGCUGCGAGAUGAACACGCUGCUUAUUGGACUCGUGGCUUGGACGUGAUUCUUCAGGUUGGAGAGAACAGCGACAUGGUACCAGCUCCACAGGACUUUCCAAAAUGCGGCUCUUUCGUUGGACCCGAUUACUUCCUUAUAUAGACUGUUAAUUCAUUAAGAAUCAUCCUGUACAUAAUUGUAAAUAGACGAAAUCGAAGGUGUAAACGACUGGGAUAAAGACUUUAUAUUUCUCUUCUUAUUAAAUAAAGAAAACGGUUCUUCUGUACCACUUUAGUGCUCUUUUCUUAGACAUUCUUUAAUUUUCUUUUGAAUAAAUGUUCUUGUACUGGUC